GAGCAGCGCAGCGCAGCGCCCUGUAGAUCAGUGACAGCAGAGCUCCGUGACCAGCUGUGCACCUCUUCUCUCCUCUCCUACCGCCACACAUACCAUUCUGUUGCACACACAUGCUCCCACACACACAUGCACACGCUCACUGUAGCUCUCACACACACACACACACACACACGCUUGCUGUCGCUCUUACACACUCACCAGCGCGAGGGGACUUGUUCGCACUGGACCAACGGAACCACCAGGACCACGGAGGGCAGCCAGCAGUGAGCCGGACACACACACACACACUCCUCCGCAUACACACGGUCCUUCAUUCACACAUGCAGAGCUGAAGUGGAUCAAGGGAGCGCCCAUGUGGAGACAGCCACAGCUGAGUGCCCGUCCCGGGUACCUGGCUUAGUGACCCACUGCCAUUGAAGGACAACGAGGUGCAGAGGAGAAGAGCGAGGAGGAGGGGGGCGGUAGUGGUGGCAUGGCGUGCCAUCCCAGCCUGGGUGUGCCCGUGCCCGCUGCCGUGCCCUCACCUGUACCCGUGCCCAAACUCAGGCUCUACCUGCUGCUGUUGCUGAUCCAACUGCAGGCAUGGCCGGCACAAUCCCAGAACCUGGGCUGCCCGCUGCGCUGUGACUGCGUUCCCAAGGAGAGGGCGGUGUUGUGCGGCCACAAGCGGCUGAGCACCAUCCCCGAGGCCAUCCCUGCCGACACCCGUCUCCUGGACCUUCGGGGCAACAAGCUGCGCUGGGUGGAGCAUGGGGACCUGGCAGCCUACGCGCGGCUAGAAGAACUGGACCUGAGCGAGAACAGCAUCAGCGUGCUGGAGCCCAAUGCCUUCUCGGAGCUGCAGAGCCUACGGGUGCUGAGACUGCGUGCCAACCAGCUGAAGCUCGUGCCCAUGGGGGCGUUUUCGCGCCUCGCCAACCUCACCACGCUCGACCUGAGCGAUAAUAAGAUCGUUAUCUUGCUCGAUUUUACCUUCCAGGACCUGAAGAGCUUGCGGAAUCUGGAGGUUGGGGACAAUGACCUGGUGUACAUCUCCAACAAGGCCUUCCUGGGGCUGGUGGGGCUGCGGGAGCUGACCAUCGAGCGCUGCAACCUCACCUCCAUCUCUGGCCAGUCGCUGUCCUACCUGCGCAACCUGUCCAUCCUCCGACUACGCCACCUGAGUGUGGCGGCUCUGGAGGAGCAGAACUUCCGUAAGCUUGGAGGCCUUCGGGGCCUGGAGAUUGACCACUGGCCCCUGCUGGAGUACAUCUCCCCCCACAGCUUCCAGGGCCUGAACCUCUCCUGGCUCUCCAUCACCCACACCAACAUCACCAGCGUGCCCACGGGGGCCCUCCGCAACCAGGCCCACCUCACCAGCCUCAAUCUGUCCUACAACCGCAUCUCGGUGCUGGAGUCCUGGGCCCUGAGGGACCUGGUGCGCCUCAAGGAGCUCCAACUGGUAGGCUCUCACCUGGUGCAGGUGCAGCACUUCGGCCUGGGCGGCCUGCGGCAGCUGCGGCUGCUAAACUUGUCGGAUAACGACCUGGUCACGCUGGAGGAAGGCUCGUUCCACUCGGUCAACACCCUGGAGAUGUUGCGGGUGGACGGCAACCCGCUGGCCUGCGACUGCCGGCUGUUGUGGAUCCUGCAGCGCCGCAAGACGCUGGACUUCGACGGGCAAUCGCCGGUCUGCGCUGCGCCAGUGGAGGUGCAGGGGAAAGCCCUCAGCGCCUUCUCGGACGCGGCGAUCUUUGACCACCACUUCACCUGCCAGCGGCCCAAGAUCCGCAACCGAAGGUUGCAGCAGGUGAACGCACGUGAAGGGCAGGUGGUGGCAUUUGCCUGCCAUGCAGAGGGGGAGCCCACGCCCAUCAUCUUCUGGAUCUCACCGCAGCGCCGGCGCAUCACCACCAAGAGCGCCGGCCGCGUCACCGUCCUGCCCGAGGGCACACUGGAGAUCCGCUAUGCACAGGUGACAGACAGCGGAACCUACAUCUGCAUCGCCAGCAACGCGGGUGGCAACGAUACCUACUUCGCCACGCUGACGGUGAGCGGGCCGCCCCCGGACGCCGCCCUGGUGGCCAACCGCACGUACUACGCCAGCGACCUCAACGACACCAGCCUGAACGACACGCGCGUCUUCCUCAAGUUCACGCUGGACCUGAAGACCAUCCUCAUCUCCACGGCCAUGGGCUGCAUCACCUUCCUGGGCGUGGUGCUGUUCUGCUUCACGCUGCUCUUCAUCUGGAGCCGCAGCAAGGGCCAGCACAAGAACAACUUCUCCGUCGAGUACUCCUUCCGCAAGGUGGACGGGCCCUCGGCCGGCGGGGGGCAAGGAGGCGCUCGGAAGUUCAACAUGAAGAUGAUAUGACGGCAAGCCAGCAGGAUACAUACGCGCAUUGCGUUACGCUACGCUACAUUACGUUACAUCACGUUAAGUUACGUGACUUAACGUUACAUUGCAUGACGUGAUAUUACAUGACGAUAUGUUACGUGUUGUUAUAUCACUACAAAGAGGAUGCUUUCAUCCAAAGCGACGUACUCCCAGACAAGCACAGUGAUGGAAAAAGCCAUGGGAU